AAAACCAUUACGUCUGGUGUCGACUCGCGGGGACUGAUCGCUCGAACUCCAAGAAGCUUGAACGUGUCAGCGAUAUCUAAGAUGAAUAUAGUCUGAAUCAAAUAAUCUGAUAACAUCAACUGGAUUACUAGCAUGGACUAAAUCGAAGUCAUGGUCGUCAAUUCUGUACAUUGGUUCCGAAAAGGACUGCGUCUUCACGAUAAUCCGGCUUUACAGGAAGCCCUAAAUGGCGCGGACACUGUGCGCUGUGUUUAUAUUUUGGACCCGUGGUUUGCUGGUUCGGCGAACGUGGGAAUAAACAGAUGGAGGUUUUUACUGGAAUCCCUGGAAGACUUGGACACCAGUCUCAGGAAACUAAAUUCAAGGCUUUUUGUGGUGAGAGGCCAACCAACAGAUGUGUUUCCCCGGCUUUUUAAGGAAUGGAACAUCACCCGUUUGACCUUUGAGUAUGACUCGGAGCCGUACGGGAAGGAACGAGAUGGAGCCAUCAUCAAGAUGGCGCAGGAGUUUGGGGUGGAGACCAUGGUGCGCAAUUCCCACACACUCUUCAACCUGGACAAGAUCAUCGAGAUGAACAACAACCGGCCGCCGCUCACCUUCAAGCGUUUCCAGGCCAUCGUGAGCCGCCUGGACCUGCCCCGCAAGCCGCUGCCCACCGUCACGCCCCAACAGAUGGACGGCUGCCGCGUCAAGAUCGCCGACAACCACGACGAGAACUACAGCGUGCCCUCUCUAGAGGAGCUAGGGUUCAAGAAUGUGAGUCAGGCUGCAGUCUGGAAAGGUGGUGAGACUGAAGCCCUGGAACGACUUAACAAGCAUUUAGACCGAAAGGCAUGGGUGGCCAACUUUGAGCGGCCGCGGAUAAACAUGUUGUCGCUGCUGGCCAGUCCCACGGGGCUAAGUCCCUACCUGCGCUUCGGCUGCCUGUCCUGCCGUGUCUUCUACUACAACCUACGGGAGCUCUACCUGCAGCUCCGUAAGCGCUGCAGUCCUCCGCUCUCGCUCUACGGCCAGCUGCUGUGGCGGGAGUUCUUCUACACGGCGGCCACCAACAACCCCAACUUUGACCGCAUGGAGGGCAACCCCAUCUGCGUGCAGAUCCCAUGGGAUCACAACCCGGAGGCGCUGGCCAAGUGGGCCGAGGGCCGGACGGGCUUCCCCUGGAUCGACGCCAUCAUGACCCAGCUGCGGCAGGAGGGCUGGAUCCACCACCUGGCCCGGCACGCCGUGGCCUGCUUCCUGACCAGAGGAGACCUGUGGAUCAGCUGGGAGAGCGGUAUGAAGGUGUUUGAGGAGCUGCUGCUGGACGCUGACUGGAGUGUGAACGCGGGCAGCUGGAUGUGGCUCUCCUGCAGCGCUUUCUUCCAGCAGUUCUUCCACUGCUACUGCCCCGUGGGCUUCGGCAGGAGGACGGACCCCAGCGGAGACUUCAUCAGGCGCUACAUCCCAAAGCUGAAGGACUACCCCAACCGCUACAUCUACGAGCCCUGGAAUGCGCCGGAGUCUGUGCAGAAAGCGGCCAACUGUGUGAUUGGGGUGGACUACCCCAAGCCCAUGAUCAACCACGCAGAGGGCAGCCGCCUCAACAUAGAGAGGAUGAAGCAGGUCUACCAGCAGCUCUCCCACUACAGAGGCCUGAGUCUUUUGGCAUCUGUUCCCACCAUCCAGGAGGAGGUGGAGCCCUCCCUAUCCGACGACUCGCAGGCCAGUGGCAGCAGCACCACUGGUGCGAUGUUAAAAUGUCAGAGAACCCCCACCACCACCACCAAAAUGGUCACAACAGAAGCUACGCCAGCAGUGGUCACCUCCACAGCAGCAGCAGCACCUGCAGCAGUCUUGUGUCCAGUCAUGCCGGCGCAGCCCCAGAGGAAAAGAGGCUGCCCCACGGAGCUGCAGGGGGCCCAGCACUGCUCGCAGUCCAAAGUCCAGCACACCAGCGAGCCCGCCACCAGCCAGGAGUAACCUCCGACACACAUCAGAUGGCGUCUCUGAGAAGAAGCAGGAGAUGCACUGAUGGCAGCGGUGGCCUGUGAUGAAGGAGGCCCUUUAUGGGACGAGGUGCGGAUCCUGUCUGCUGGUGGAGGUGGCCCCUGAUGUCUGACGCUCCGCAUAUCCCUCAGACGAGGCAUGAAGGAGAGAUGCCUGGCCUUGCCUUGCCUUGCCUGGCCUGGCCACUCCACGCGGCUUGUGUUGCAUUGCAGAAAAAGAUCAGCAGCAAAAGUGGCGCCUGAAGACAUCACAUGAGCUGUGCCAUUGCCAACUUGACUGUGACUGUGUGAUAGGAGCUGGAGUGAGAGAGCUGGUGCUCCUCUGGCUCCUUGUCUCUGGGGUGUUGCCCUGAUCUGCUCCUGUCCUGUAGGGUCACCCUGAUCUGCUCCUGUCCUGUAGGGUCACCCUGAUCUGCUCCUGUCCUGUAGGGUCCCCCUGAUCUGCUCCUGUCCUGUAGGGUCACCCUGAUCUGCUCCUGUCCUGUAGGGUCACCCUGAUCUGCUCCUGUCCUGUAGGGUCCCCCUGAUCUGCUCCUGUCCUGUAGGGUCCCCCUGAUCUGCUCCUGUCCUGUAGGGUCACCCUGGUCAUGUGUCUGCUGUGUGAAUGUCAACUGGAGGGGAAUCCCCUCAUAGCAGUAUCAGAACCCCUUUGUAGCUAGCGCUGUCUGCCUGCAGAUUACGCUAACGCUAUCAUGCUGUAACACAACUACUGCCAGCUAACACGAGGCAAAGGGCUUCUGGUCAAGCAGUCGUCAGAGUAGGUUCUUGGAGAUGGAGUGAUUGUUGAAUCAGAUUCUAAACUAAAAAACAGAAACUAAAAGCGGACAAUCUGGCAAUAGUUUCGUUGUAACCAAAGAUUUUUACAUUGGACAGCUGCAACUGUAAGCGGAGGUAUGACUAGUCCGAACGGAUUGAAACGGAAAUAAAUCCCUCCGUGAUUUUGUUAUCUUGAGUUUCCACAAAUUCAUGCAAAUUCAAAGAUUUUCCUUAUUUUCCUGCGGGUUAUUUUCUCUUUUUGCCAAAAAAGUAUUUGAAAAACUGCAGUGCAAUAUUCUUUUUGAUUGAAUGUAUUUUAUUUAAAGGGGCCUUGUGUCGAAUUAUGUGGGAUUUGAGUUGUCUUGUUUGCAUCACUAAAUUUUCAAUGGUGCUCUUCCAUUGACUUGCAUUGUAUUGCACUGAGGUACAAAGUGAUAUUUCAACAAUACGGUCUGAACAGCGUCUGAAGCAUGCUAGCUUUGGGUGCAGAGCAUAGCCGUUUUUGACAUGGCAUCAAAAAAGUUGCUUCUUCGCAUUCUGUUGCUAUGUCUAGGUCUUGUUUGAAUGUUUUAGAACCACACAUUGCCCAUUUAACUCAAAAUCCACACAACUGUUGAUUUAGUUCAUUUGGGUCCAUGGUGAUCUCCACAAACCCUUGGAAAAUCCUGAAGGAACUGAAAUGUUUUUCCUUUUUAGAUGGUAGAGGACCAUGUUGAAGAAGAUUUGUUUUUACUUUUUAACGAGAUUUGGAAAAGGCAAUGGCAUUAAUCUGUUAACUAAGUGGGGAAUCUGGAUAUUUAGUGCACAUGUGCAGACAAUUGGUAACACUUGAUUUUAAUGUGUCGCUGUUACAGUGUACCUACCUAAUUAGGUACAGUGGUACAACCUGUGUAACAACAUGUACUAAAAUGUACUAGCAUUGUACUUGCAUUAUGUAUUUGUGGGUACCUACAUAUAGUUGUUACAUUGUAAUACUCAGUGCUUUUACAAAACUUUGCCAAUUUGCCUACAUUUUUCAUUAGAGGCAAAGGGUUGACCUGAGACCUGCUGGAUGGGGUAGAUCUGGUCAUGAUAGAUUUAAUAUACAAACCAGUCUUAGCUCCAGUCAAGGCCUCAUUGUCAUCAGUGUACAUGUACACAUUUGAUCUUGACAUGUAGGCUAAAUCCCAUCAUUCUUAUUGUUAAUAACGGUAACAUUUUUUGUUGGCAGCCUGCUGGCCUGAAAUUGGACCGUAUAAGUUGCAGUGUUGUGAAGAGGUUGGUUAGCUGAGCCUGAAUGCAAGAUGCACUAAUGCCACAGCAAUAAGCAGCAGCCAACCCUAGCCAUUCACUUGGGCAAUGUGUUCUUUAAUUCAACGCCAGUCUAAAAGUACGAUAUUUUUGCCAAAACGUUUGAAAGCAGCAAAUCUAAUAUUUUGCCAGGAGUUUGAUCAAAUAGCGUUAACAUAAUUUUACCAGCACCUUGUCCAAUAGUCACUCCCUCUCAGAAAAUUCCAGAACACCUCUGAUGUCUUGGAACUCUCCAUCAGCCGCUCCCCAAAACAGGUCAUGCCUAUCGCAGAUUAAGACAAAAUCAAUAAGAGCGUGUUGUGCCUAGCUAGAGAUAUACAAGCGCAUAAGUUUAGCUGAUGUACAAACUAAGCACUUUCAAUUUUGAAUAUGUAGUUUUCUUUGCUCUGUCUAUAUGUGACGUGUCUGAGGUCUUAGCCAGAUUAGAGGUGCAUGCGUUGUGCGUUUGCUCCGAAGCGCUUUCAGAGAAGGCCUCCAAACCCAGCUGUGCGCCAGCGGCAGGUUUGGUGUGCACCUGACUCGGAAUGAAUCCCAUCCCUACCACACACGCGUGUGCCUGUCUGUGUGUCCUUUUUGCAUUCUGAUGCCCUCUUGUACAUGAACCCCCCCCCCCCCCCUUCAAACUGUGCCUCGUCGCUCACACAGCACCUUCAGAUGAGAAGCAUUGCAGCAGUUUGACAAAGUAGAUGCAAAUCAUAUGAUUGCCAUUGCCAUAUUACCCCCUCCCCGAAUACAAUUUGUCCUUGGCCAUCAAUAGCUUUGAAAUGGUCAUCAAAUCAUUGUACAUUCCACGCAGAUGUGUACGUUCAAAGUCAUUUGCUUUCUUUUAAGCUUUGUGGAAUAGUUUUAUUUAUUAUUUUUUUGUAUUGUACAAAAGAGUUUAUUUUCAUUAAAGCGCUGAUGGAAUUGUCACCCACUUUGUCUAUAGGCAGUAAUUUAUGAGCGCCUUCACACACUACCUGCAUCAACCUGCAUCUAAGACCAUCUGUGGGAUAUAUUGCAUCCAGUAUUCUUUCUGUAGGAUACAAUAUAUCAAAUAAAUUCCUUAAAAUUUGAAAA